AUGGAUUCUCUUAAACGUGGAUGGGUAUUCCAGACAAAUGAAAAGGUCACCAUACUGCAGACCGAUUAUCGCCGGGUGACAUUUUUCAAAAAUACACCGGAUUUUACAGUCGAUGUGUAUGAAUCAAAGAAAUUCGAUAAAAGAUCGUUUUUAAAAGGUGAUUAUGACUGCCCUGGCACUCUGGUGUCGGAUUGUUUCGGGAUCCUUGGCAUCGUCUCCUUCACCGAAGGGCCAUACCUCGUAGUAGUUACUGACGCAAAAAAAUGCGGGACACUGAUCAAAGAGCACGAUGUUUACUCUAUCGGGGGGAAGAUUUUAGUGCCACUGUUUUACCCAUGCUCAGAAAAUGAUAUGGAAACCUACUACUGCAAUCUAUUUAACCAAUUCGAUAUCUCAAACAACUUCUAUUUCAGCUAUACAUAUAACAUUGCCAAUUCGCUUCAACGCAACGUAAUGUACGCAACGUGUACCAGAGAAGAUGAGACAUGGUUACGUUUCGACGCGGUCUGUGCCACCCAAAAGUAUAGGUAUAAUUUCGUCCAUGCAAAAAACUUCGCCGAGCACUUUGGACGUGACUCUGUUGGCCUUUGUCUGACGGUUAUUCACGGAUUUUUUGGUCAAACUAACGUAUGCCUAUCCGGAAGAAUCCUUGCAGUACACCUGAUUGCAAGGCGUUCACGGUUCUACGCGGGAACACGAUACAAAAAACGAGGCAUCAGUUCUGACGGUCACGUGGCAAACGACGUAGAAACCGAGCAGAUACUCGAUGAUGCAACAUGCACGGCCUCUGUUUUUUCAUUUUUACAGGUGCGCGGAUCGGCACCAGCAUUCUGGGCACAGGACAAAAGUAAGACCAUCAUGAAAAAACCCCCGCUGAUAUACACACAAAAUGAUCCCACCUUCACGGCUCAGAAAAUGCACAUUUCGGAGUUAUUGUCUCUCUAUGGAUCGCCUAUAAUCAUGCUGAAUCUUCUUUCCGACGACCCGGGAACAGAGGAAGGAAAGCUCUCCACCCAAUUCCAGUCUGCUAUUUCUUCAAUAAAUGUCGAACUUCCAAGGACCAUUCGAGUGCAGUACGUACACCGUAAUAUACGAAGCGCUCUGGAAAGGGGAAACAUACGCCAAAUGAUCGCCGAAGUCGUCGAACACACCGCGGGGGAAGUAGGAUUCUUUCAUGAGCGCAAAGGCAACAUAUGUAAUUUGCAGCUUGGGGUGCUCAGAACAAGCUGUCUUGAUUGUCUUGAUCGAACUGGCGUAAUGGCAUUGGAGCUUGGACUCUUCGUAUUCCAACGGCAGCUGGCUCUAUUGGGUAUCCAUGUAAAAACCGCUGAAGGCAUGUGUGAUUACGAGGUGCACAACUUUACGGACGAAACGCCGUCCAACAGCUUAAAUACAAGCGUUGUGCCAGAGCUCGAGCCCUUGGUGUAUCUUUUCAAGGGCAUGUUCGAGGGAAUGGGAGAUGCUUUGGCCAUGCAGUACGCUGGAUCAAAGACGCUUCGCAAGUAUGAAGGCCCACGAGGGGCAAUAAGUAGGUCUUUACAACUAUUCACCACGUUGAAAAGAGGUUUCUCAAGUCAUUUUUCGGAUUCAGAUCGACAGACUCUGUCAAACAUUUUCUUAGGGGUUUUGCGACCGGAGAAGCACCCGCCGCCAUGGCUCGUGGACGUUGACAAAUACGUACACCAUGAAAAAUUCUUAUGCGAGUAUGAAAGUGUCGAAUGGUGGGUUGUGCCUCUAAUGUGUUUCUUGAGAAGGGCAAGGAAACUCCAAAGCAACGUUUGCCGAUCGUGGUUCGACCUCUUCGACGCGCGAGGAGAGUAUCUCCCAUGGGUCAUGUUUGCUCAACUAGUGGCAUCUGUUCAGUAUAGCAAGGAUGAAGGUGCAUGUUGGCGCCGCUAUGCGUAUCAUUCCUCUGAAGACAAAGAGAAAUCAUCUUUGGUUGACACCGCUAUACGGCACAACUUCUCCGUCAUUCCGAUCGAAUCUCAUGUAUCAAGAAGCAACUCGGAAAAUACGGAAUAUGUAGAACUUCGUGCGGGUUUGCCACCCGGUGUGGUACUCAUCACAAGGGAGGACAGUGAACAGGAUGAAUUGAGCAGCGCUGUGCCAUACGCUCCUGGGGACUCCACAGAAGCCGUAAUGGUAAACGCCCAAUCAGCAUACCAGGAUGCAUUUAACUUUAUUCGGCAUACCAGAAAACGUAACGUCCAUAGGAUGAACUCUUUUUUGGAACCGUGGAGGAUCCAACCACAGAAUCGUGAUGAGGUGACUAGGGAUCUAUCAACUAUACGUUGCCGCGUGUGUGAUGUAGAGCGUUAUGCAAAUUACGUGAAUCUGUGA